AUGGCUGGAUUAAGCUCCUCGUCGAAGAAGUCAACCUCGCCUGCGCAGAGGUCCACGCGCAGGCAAGAGCGGCAGGCCAGAUCCGGGGACAAGACGAGUGGGCACAUCCACCCGUAUCCUACUGUAGGCCGCGUUUUCCUCGGAGAGGUUGAUGUCGAUUACGUGCAUGUUCUUGUUGCCGACUCAGAAAUCUUAGAGAGUCUGGAUGAGGUGGGAGAGCUCGAUAGUCGAACAUGGAAGACUGUCAAAGUCUGUGUACAGGCAUCAGUUCGUUUGAUGGUAUUGCAAUUUGCAAAGGUCGUCAACCAAAAUAAGGAUGUGUUUCAUACCGGGCGACCGGCCUCCAACUAUGGCCCGCCGGUUGCUCUCUUUAAUUCUGUGUUGGGUUGGCUCGCAUAUCAACUUUCGCGUCUUGAGGACAUAUCAGAGAUUCAUCCCGCCUCGUUCCGAGCAGCUCAUGAGGUGGUCACCCUGAGUCUUGGUAGCUAUCCAUCACAGGACAUUCGCGUUGAUUCGCUCUCUCGCCCAUUGCAGAUGUGCCUUGGCAUGCCGUUUACGUGGAAGCUGAAGAUGGCUGGUAUCGAACCUAAUGUUGUGGUUGGGGGCAGUGAGCCCUUUGGUCUCAUGGAGGUCAAGAAUGAGGUUGGCUUGAAUGGGGAUGCUUCAUUGCAAGCUGGUUUAGUGUAUGCUAGAAUUGUGACGGAAACCACGGGAAAGAUGUUACUCCGACGGAAGCAAUCAAACUGUCCUACCAUUCUCAUUAGCAUCAUGGGGGAUCUCUUGGAGAUCGCGAUUGCUACCCACACAGAUGGCCCUUAUAUCGACUGUCUAUUCUCCGAGCGGCUGCGUUUAGGCUUCCAUGAGCUCGCUGUAGUCUCUCGUGUGGCUUGUGUCUUCAAGGCUGUGAAAGAGGCGCUUACAGGGCUAGAGCGGUUCUGCUCGGAAAUCGACAAUGCGCCGCCACCGCUGGGGAUCUCCUUCUUGUUCCCGUCGCCGUCGCCGUGCCCUUCUUACGAGCAUCUCAUGCCGCGUCUGAAAUUCGCCGGCCGAUUAUCCGUCCUGGGCAAAUCCUAUCAAAUGGCAGAGGCUUCGCACGAGAGACGCUCUGGUCUUUACCUUGCUACUCUGUUGAACUCGGAUGUCACUGAGCCUGCGGAUGUGUCAUCUGUCCCUGACAUUCAUGGCAGAGAGGUUGCUGUCAAGUUCACCACGACAUAUAACUCUGCUGCACAUAAACUUAUGGCUGAAGCUGGACUCGCACCGGCGCUACAUGCCUGUGUACCCGUGCUUGGCGGCCUCACGAUGGUUCCCCUUCCAUACAGCAUCUACAAGGAUGUCAAGACCGCUGUUGAGCUGCUCCAUGCUCACAAUAUUGUCUUUGGCGAUCUCCGCACUCCGAAUAUAAUGUGCAUACCUGGGGAGAGGGGCUCAGAUGAAGCUGCGCGUGCCAUGCUGAUCGACUUCGACUGGAUCGGGAUCCACACAGCAGGAAGGUACCCGCCUACACUGAAUGAUAGCAUGCCAAUAUGGCCCUCCUCUGUUCAGCGAGGUGCACCCAUGCUCAAGGCACACGACUUGGAGAUGCAUGAUGUGCUGAAGAAGGUGUGCCUCCCGGAGGCUUCAUAA